AUGGAGGUAGUUUUAAAAAGUCAUAGAUCCCCUUAUGAGAAAGAAAUUGCUCUCUAUAACUGUUCAAAAAACAUGGAGGUAGGAGAAUUACAACCCAUCAAAAAAAAAAGAAUUGAAUUUUUAUUACUUAGUAAACUUCAUGGAAAGAUAGCCAAACAAAUAGUUGAUAUUAUGCCAAAACUAACCGAAGCCGAUAUCCGUAUGGAAAUUGAUGAGGAGUUAAAAAACAAAGCGAAAAGAACGGGUCAAAAUUUAGAGGAUGCUUUGGAGCAAGCAAAAAAUUAUGCUCGCAAACGAAAUACUCCCAUUGCUUAUGCAAUUAUUGACAAAAAAGAAGUUGAUUUUUUGUUAGAUGAAAGAACAGCAUUACACUAUACCAACAUCAACGAAUAUAACCCAACAGAAAUAAUUGUAGUAGAGCAUCGGCGUCAAUUAAUUCAAAUUUUUUCUUUUGCUAAUAACCAGUUAAGAGCAGCCGGGUUAACGGAGGGAGAUGAACGAUUUAGUGAAUUUUGUAGUGUUCUAUUUCUAAAACUUUUAAGUGAAGAUGAGGAAAAAGCUGACAAAGACAAGCGUCGUUCGCCAGAAACAAUUAUUCCCUUUCAUUUGCGAGGAAAGCACGAAAAAGAAAAAUUUUGUUGCUUCCAAAGUAAAUAUGGGGAGGAUAUUUUUAACCCUCUUCUAGUAAAAAAGCCAGCAAUUUUAAAAAGAAUUAUUGAUAAGAUGACCUCUUUACAUCUUAGUAGCAUCAAGUCUGAUAUAAAAGGAGAUGCUUUUGAAUAUUUCCUUAAAGAAGCAUUAAAAAAAGAUAAGCAAGAUUUGGGAACAAUAUUUUACUCCUCGCCACAUUGCGGCAUUCUAAUUAAGACUUUUCAUUACCUUUACGAAAAAAUUCCUAAGAAUGAUAAAGGAAAAUUGAAAAGAUUGAAAGAAGGAGUACUUUAUGGUAAUGAGUUAACUAGAAUUGCUCGAGUUGCUAAAAUGAAUAUGAUUUUAACUGGUGAUGGUCAUAAUAACAUUAAAAAGUUAGAUAGUUUAGAAAAUCCUGCACAUGGUAAAUACGAUAUUGUGAUAACUAAUAUGCCUUUUUCUCUGAAAGGUCCUUUUGAUGAGUGCCAAGAUUUAUAUUUGCUUGGAAAAGCCAACGGCAAUAAUAGCAAUGAAGAGGAAAAACUAAAAAAUGGCUUUCAAAAAUUAGAUGUAGAAGUUAUUAGAAACAAUAACUAUGUCAGUAUUCCUAACAUUUACAAAAAAUUUACUUUCGAAACUCAGCAACAAUUAAUUUCUUUGGGAGAAUUAGUUGAAGAAUUAACUAUUAGAAAUAGCGUUAAUGCUCCAGUGUGGAGUGUCACUAAUGACCGCGGAUUUGUUCUUUCAGAAGAAAAUUUUUCUGAAAGAGUAGCCUCGAAAGAUGUUUCAAAUUACAAACUAGUUCCUCCUCAAAAUUUUGCUUAUAGUCCACCUCGGAUUAACGUAGGUUCUAUUAACUAUAAUGAUAGUGAAAAAAUUGGUUGCGUUAGUCCAAUUUACGUGGCUUUUAAAGUCAAAAAUAAAGAAAAAGUUGUUCCUCAAUAUCUUUUUUGUCUCUUUCAGUCUGAGAAAUUUAAAGAGCAGGUAAAAAAUUUUUGUUUUGGUAGUGUCAGACAAAGUUUAAGUUUUGAAAACUUUGCUAAAAUAAUUGUUCCAGUUCCCUCCUUAGAAGAACAAAAAAGGGUUAUUCAAGAGUUGGGAGAGAUUGCCAGUUUUGAAUAUGGGAAUUAUGAUGGAAAAGGUGAAGACAAAGGAAAAUAUAAACUGGUUAGAAUCACAGACCUCGACGAGUAUGGAAAUAUUUCAGAAAAAGAUUUAAAAUAUACUGACUUAUCAAAAGAGUUUAAGACCGACAAGUUUUUAUCAAAAGGAGAUAUUGUGGUAUCUCGACAAGCCCUUCCUGCUCGGGCAGGCGUUUUUGAAGAAGAAAAAGCGGUCUUGUCUUCUAAUUUAUGGGAUAGGCAAGUAAGAGAAUUAACCAAAGGCACGGCUCAACCUGUUUUUAGUGCUAAUUCUUUAAGGGAAAUUCAAAUACCAAUCCCUAGUUUAGAAAAGCAAAGAGAGAUAAUUGAGGAAAGAGAAAAAGACUUAAUGAUAAUUGACUAUCAAAAACAAAAAAUAAGGUGUGGAUACUUUUGGGCUGAAAAUCCUUUUUGUAAAAAAUGUUUAGAGAUGGAAAUUUUAAAACUAGGACAAAUAAAACAUGAUUUAAAGAGAACAGAGGAGGCUUUUAAUUCUGAAACUGACCCAGCCAAAAAACAAGAACUUAAAAAAAUCAUAGAGAACAUUAAAGAAACCGUUGUAAAUCACCUAAAAGAGGAGAAGGAAAAAGCAAGUAAAAAAGAGUUAAAAUAA